AUGUCGACCUACGAAGAAGAAAAUAACAUAGCAAGAAACGAGAAGUUGAAAAAUGUUGAAGAGAGCUACACAGAUUCAGGCUUUCAUUCGGGCUUCCAAGAUAGCUGUGAAAUUCAAUCGGAUUGUAAAUCGAAAACUGAUAUAAGGGGAAAUUCCCCAUAUGAAGAUAAGGAGAACUUGGUUGAUAGUGGUAUUAUUUCGAGUGGCAAUGUUUCCAAACCUGAGUUGAAAAAGGUCAUGAGAGAAACGUCACUAUAUGUGCCUGAAUUUUUAAAAAAUUCAUUUCGGAGGCCUCAGCAACAUUCUCUUGUUGAUAAAUAUUUUGAGCGAGACGACGAUGGAUAUACAAAGCUACAUCUUGCUAUCAUUCACGGUGUUGAAAAUGCUAUAAAUGCGCUCAUACGGUUAGUUCCAGAUUCAUCAUAUCUUAAUAUCAGAAGUUUUGUGGGACAAACUGCUUUACAUCUAGCAGUUUUGCUUGGACAGCACUCGACAGUGAAAAUGCUUAUAAACGCUGGAAUUGAUAUCAAUAUUCGCGAUAACCGAUGUGACACUGCACUUCAUUUGGCUUGUUUAAUGGGAGACAUUCAAAGUAUAGAGAUUAUCAUAUCAGCAUUCGAUCCUCUUAAAAAGGAGAGAUUAGUAAACAUGGAACAAUGGAACUACGAUGGCGAAACAUGCUUUUACAUAUCUUGCAAAGAGAGGAACAUAUCAAUGAUGAGUGUGCUGGCAUCUAAUGGCGCAGACGUUAAUGCACGUGAAGGACGUUCUGGAUAUACUGCACUUCAUAAAGCUGUUGAAGCGGGAGCAACUGAUGUUAUAAAAUUCCUAUGUGAAGAGUGUAAAGACUUUCACAUUGAUACGGAAAACUAUAGUGGCUUAACAGCUUUUCAAAUCAGUCUUUUAACAAGUCAGGAAAAUCUAGCAAGCUAUUUGAUAACAAACGGCGGGACACCUUACUUUACGCAAGAGGAAAGCGAUAAUGAAACUGAUGACGCUGACAGUGACUUAUCUGAUGAUGACGACUUUGAAAAGAACCAAAUCAUAAGUAAAAUUGCAGGAAUUGCUGUUAACUAA